CUCAUAGCUAAAUGUACAAAAUGCUCUUUCUCAAGUUUAUUUCUGCCAUUGUAUUGUUUGUUCUCCCAUGCAUCAUAUCCGUCUGUCAACACAUUUCCCAAAGGGGAUAAAGUGGCCCGCGUCUCGUCCCGCGUUUUACUGCGCACUUUGGCCCUUGCGGCCUCCGCGCAUCUUACUCGCCCUCCACCUUGCAUCCUCAGUCGCCCAUACCCAUUACACGUCACUCGUUUCGCAUCGCGCCAUGGAAUUCAUCCACUCAUAGCGCUUGUCAUCCUAAAUUUGAUCCUUGACGCGCCCACGAACACUUUCUUUCCUCCGACAAUGCAGCACUCCCAGUUGGCUCCGCUGCCAACUAACGUGCCUUUUCGCAUCGUCUCCAAAACAAUCGGCCAGGGCGCGUAUGCUUGUAUUAAAAAGGCCGCCCCCCUCGACGCGGACAAUCCCAUCUUCGCCGUCAAGUACAUCCACAAAGACUACGCUGCACGCCAUGGUAAGAUCAGUGCCAGGCAACUCUCGCUCGAGGUAACGGUACACCGGCACGUCACUGGUCACAAUAACAUCAUCAGUUUUUACCAAACUGGUGAAGAUGAUGUUUGGCGUUGGAUCGCGAUGGAGUUGGCCGAGGGUGGGGAUCUGUUCGACAAGAUCGAGGCGGACGAGGGUGUAGGAGAGGAUAUCGCUCACGUCUAUUUCUCGCAACUGAUCAGUGCCGUGAGCUUCAUGCAUUCAAAGGGCGUGGGUCAUCGUGACAUCAAGCCCGAGAACAUGCUCUUGACCAGUGAUGGAAAUCUGAAGAUUGCCGAUUUUGGUCUAGCAGCGCUGUUCGAAUACAAGGGGACGAGGAAGCUCUCCACCACUUUCUGUGGCAGUCCACCUUAUAUCGCCCCCGAGGUGAUUACCUGCAGCACCCGGGGUCAGAACAAGGGAUCAGGCUACCAUCCAGAUUUGGUCGAUAUUUGGUCAUGCGGCAUUGUCCUCUUCGUCCUUCUCGCCGGUAAUACCCCAUGGGACAGCCCAACGGACGAUAGUUACGAAUUCCACGAAUAUCUCACUACAAAUGCACGACCCACUGAUGAACUGUGGCAGAAGCUGCCCUUUGCAACUUUAUCCCUGCUCCGCGGCAUGUUGACGGUCGAUCCCAAGUGUCGCUUCUCGUUGGAAGAUGUGAGAAGACACCCCUGGUAUACUCGAUCGAACAAAUACCUAUCACGAGACGGGACAAAAUUAAAGGAUCCUAUCAAUCUUGCCACGUCAAUGUUCGAGUCACUGCACAUCGACUUGAGCCAAGAUCCUCUAUCUCAGAAACGGCCGGGGGCCAGCCGAAGUGACCCAAUGGAUGUGGAUAUGCUAAACCAGGGGAUCAAUCUAUCCGAAGGCAUGUCUUCCACCCAGCCCGAGAUGGCGGGUGGUAACAUGGUGAUGGAUUGGCACACGCCACACCUAGCGGGAGAGUACUACUCUACACAGCCCGCAGACAAGCCAUUUUCAUCCCAAGAACUGGAGAUGUCGGCCCAUCUGGAAGACGAACCUUCCAUGUCACAAUUCUCUCAGAAGCCUUCUGUGCCCCUGAGCCGGACUCAGAAUGCCAAGGUAUUCCAAGAUAUCAUUCCACCUCGCUCACUGACGCGCUUCUAUUCUGCAUGGGAGCUGAAAUUAUUGGUCCCAUUGAUCUGUGAAGCUCUUCACCGACUCGGGGUACCUGUUCCGUCAGUCCCUGCUGUGACCGCUGGAGAUACUUCUGCUAUGAUUCGGGUGAUUGCCAAAGACGGUAGAAUGUGUUCACUCCAAGGCAAGGUCCACAUCGAGUGUGUCUCCGAGGGCCUUUUCGAAGUCGAGUUUGUCAAAAUCAAGGGUGAUCCCUUGGAGUGGCGUCGUUUCUUCAAGAAAGUGGCUAUUCUUUGUAAGGACGCCGUUUUCAAGCCGGACGAAUGAAGGUGACCCUCAAGAUAUGUUAGACGGUCUUCUAUCGUUUAUUUUCUUUCUACUCCACCUUAUGUUUACUUUGGAUCUACGAUUUACGAUGGGGCGAGCUGGCGUUUGAUGAUGGACUAUUAGAACAACAAGUUGCUACUCCAACGUCUAUAUAUAGCAUAAUCAGACACGUUUUAUGGCU